AUGGCAGAAGACGCCCUGGAGAGUCAAGCAGUUCAAGAGAGGGACCACUGCCAAAACUGGAACAGAGGCAAGGACUGCCCAACUAUUACUGGUCCAUCAGGGGGACAGGAGGACAGCGGCAGCACGCUGGUUCUGACCCGGCCAACACCAGACCCACGGAGGAGGCUCCAACCGCAGCUCCUGGCGCAGCCCCCACCGCCCCCCGCGGUCGGCGCCACUCCCUCGGCUCCCCAACCCUCCGACCCCCGCAAACGCCGGCACCCUUCCCAAGCUAGGGGGUCUCUCAAACAUCAGGGCAGGAGUGUUGGAGGUGUGGGCAGCUUGGGCACUUCAAGAGGUGGACCAGGUGAUUCGGUUGUGGCUCUCCAACACCCACGUUCCGAGUCUGACUUAGAAGAAGAGGAUGAGAUUGAGCAUCAGCCCAAAAGAAGACGAGCCACAGGACCAGCCCAUCAGCAGCCAGCCCCAGCCCAUCAGCAACCAGCCAGUGAAGAAAUAUGGAUGUCAAAGAAUGGAGAAAUUGAAUGGUCUUUUUGCCCAAGAAGUGAGCCACCACGCAUGGCUGCCAAUGUGAUUAGGAUGCAACCAGGGCCAACACGAAUGGCAGUUUCUCAUGUGCAUGACAUCAUGUCUUCUUUUGAGCUUUUCAUUCCAGAUGUCAUCCAGAAAAUUAUUCUGGAUUGCAGUAAUUUAGAAGGAAGACGUGUUUUUGGCGAGAGGUGGAAGGAGAUGGACCAAACCCAUUUAUAUGUCUACUUUGGGCUUCUUAUUCUUGCUGGAGUUUUCAGGUCCAAAGGGGAAUCCACAGAAUCCUUGUGGAAUGCGGAAACUGGCAGAGAACUUUUACGUGCAACAAUGUCUCUGCAAAACUUCCAAAUAAUUUCCCGGACCAUCCGGUUUGAUAACCGAGAAGACAGACCAGCUCGACGGCAGGGAGACAAGCUAGCUGCUAUCAGGACAGUGUGGGACAAGUGGGUGCGACGCCUCCCCCUGUUUUACAACCCUGGGCCUAAUGUCACCAUUGAUGAGCAGCUGAUGCCAUUUAGGGGCCGCUGCCCCUUCACACAGUACAUACCAUCGAAACCUGCCAAGUAUGGUAUAAAGAUCUGGGCUGCCUGUGAUGCGACUUCCUCUUAUGCUUGGAAUUUACAAGUAUACACUGGUAAAGCUGAUGGAGGACGCCCUGAGAAAAAUCAAGGGAUGAGAGUUGUCCUGGACAUGGCUCAGGGACUCAGUGGACAUAAUAUCACAUGUGACAAUUUUUUUACAUCGUACAAGCUGGGAAAGGAGCUUCUAAAGAGGAAGCUGACCAUGGUAGGAACGAUGAGAAAAAACCGGUCUGAGCUCCCUCCUCAAUUGCUGCCUACAAAGAACAGGCCUGUCAACUCGUCCAAGUUUGUCUACACGGCUGAAACGUCCCUGGUAUCCUAUGUGCCACUCAUGAGUACACUGCACAAGGAUGGAAAAAUCUGUGGCCUGGAGCAUCAGAAACCAGAGAUAAUCAUGGACUACAAUGCCACAAAAGGAGGGGUGGACAACAUGGACAAGCUGGUGUCUGCCUACAGCUGCAAGAGGAGGACCCUACGCUGGCCACUGGUGAUUUUCUUUGACAUUCUGGACAUCUCGGCAUACAACGCCUUUGUCAUCUGGAUGGCAUUGAACCCAGAGUGGAACAGGGGGAAGCUCCAGAGGAGACGCCUCUUUCUCGAGGAACUUGGAAAGGCACUGGUGAAACCACAAAUCCUGAGAAGACAGCAUGUUCCGAGAACCUCAGCCUCUGCAGCCACCGUGAGGAGGAUUCAGUAG